GCUUCUGUACAGAUGUUUUAUGCUGGUCUACACCGUCAGCUGGUUGAUCUACACGGCUCUUCUCUUCAACACACCUAAAUUCCUCAUUUUUCUUAGCCAUAUCUCGUACUGUCUCAUGGUGAUCUACUAUCUGGUUUCUCUCAGUAAUCUGGCCUGGGCUUUCUUGGAGGUCAGAUGCUCUUCGCACAGAAAGAAAAGAGGGGCCAGUACUGAGUGUGACACCCUCCUCUCUCCUCCCGUCGCUCUCACCGCUGCUCUCUGUCUGCAGUGGUUCCUACAUUCUGUGGUGGGCUGUUGUUCAUUAACCGUCUCCUUUCUCUACUGGACCAUAAUCCACCCCUCUGACCAGCACUCCCUCACAGCCUUCAACAUCAACAUCCAUGUCAUCAACAGCAUCCAGACGGCCGUGGAUCUGCUGCUGUCCUCCACACCCGUUCAUCUCGCCCACUUCUUCUACGCUGUGCUGGCAGGAGUCCUUUAUGUCAUAUUUGCUGUUGUUUAUUGGCUAUUGGGCUGCACCAAUCUGUUUGGUCAACCCUACAUCUACAGCAUUCUUGAUUUCAGUGGGCGCCCCCUAGUGGCAACACUUUGCAUUCUGGGAGUUUGUCUGCUUUGUUUACCAUCCUGCCACUUUGUGCUGUGGAACAUGCAGUUACUGAGGGAGUGGAUGGUGAGCAGGGAGAAAGCGAGGAGAAUGGCUCUGAACAGAGAGGUUUGGUGGUGGGUGAAGGUGUCUGGAGGAGCAACCUUUGACCUCGUACCUUCACUGGAUCCAGCAGCCUCUGUGUUUGAGACUAGAGGACAGUCGUGAUGGAGGAACAGCAGUUACAAUCAAUCACUCUUGUUUGAGGUGUUUCGGGUCUGUCCGAAUGUACAUUUUCCUAUUUUAGCAAGCAUAUCUUGAUUUUAAAGGGGACAUAUCAUGAAAAUCUGACUUUUUUCCAUGUUUAAGCGCUAUAAUCGGGUCCCUGGUGCAUCUACCAAUCCAGAAAACAUGAAAAAGGACAACCCAGUAACUUUGUUUUGGUAAGCCUUUCUCUGCAAGCAUGUGAAAAAACGAGCCGUUCAGAUUUCGCUCCCCUUGUGACGUAGGAAGGGGACCUUAUUAUAAUAUUACCGCCCCUUAAUCUGUAUGUUUCCACCCACGGUGCCGCCAUUUUGUUUUCGAAGCGACAACGGUGUACCAAUAACACUGGUCCUGCACGGUUUAGCUACAACCCUGAUCAAACACACUUGAAUGUCUUCAGGAUUACUAAAGCUACGUGAAGAAAGGAGCAAAACUCUUCAGGACUGCAGCACUCAAGAACGACAUCCCUUAGUUUGUGAUAUGUCUCAGCUAUGUAAACAUUAUCACUGAUCUGUUAACAACUAUAAACUGUUAAACCGGCUCCAUAAACUCCCGGCAUCUGAGCCACUAAGAACGCAGUGGUGUAAUUUUAUUUAUGAAGGGAAUGUGUCCAGAUAAAUUCAUAUGCAAGUAUAUGCAAGUCAUUUCACACCAGACUACUUUGCAAAAGGUCAGUAAAACACAAAGUUGAUUCUCAAAGAUGGAUCAGUACCAGCUGUUCAUGAUCCAAUUUCAGAUAUAUUUCGUGAUGUUUGCAAAUUCUUUCUUAAUGUGUUCGUUAGCAAGUUGCAAAUGUACUGUUAAAUGUGGUCAAAGUUACUAUUAUUUCUUACUGUAUUCACGGAGACCAGAGGCAUGUCGUUGUUUUCGUUUUUAACUCAAACGCUUGCAGUCUGUAGACUUAUAUUACAUCUUAAUAGGUCACCUUUAAGAUUUUUCUGUAAUAUCUUAUUUUCUGUAAUAUAAAACUCUCAAAACUCACUUAAAAGUUUAGUUUAGUUGUGGCUUAAUGGUUAGAGUCAGACUGGUAACCAGAAGGUUGUGGGUUCGAUUCUCAAUACCAGCAGUAAAUGACUGAGGUGCCCCCAAUCGCUCCCCAGGCAUCACAGCAAAAAUUGCUGCCCACUGCUCCGUGUAUGUUUGUGUCUGUUCACUACUCCUAAUGUGUGCAUUAACUUGAUGGGUUAAAUGCAAAGGACAAAUUCCGACUACUUGGCCUUCACAUGUCACUUUCACUUUUUACUUCUUUUACUUUUUAGUGGACUUGACUCUGAUCUAAAUUUGGUUGGUUACUUAUUGAGAUCUGAAAAGAGAUGCAAUGACCAUGUCAAGCACUAGAGGUCAGCAGUGUCCUCUUAGAAAUAUAAUUCAAGUACACAUUGAAAAUCUCACAUUCAAAAUGUAAUUUUGGUUUUGAAUGAUUUUAACAAAGAAAUGUGAUGCAACAUCAAUAACAAUGUUCAAGAUGAAUCAAUUUAUUCUUGGGUGAAUCUUAUGAAGAACACGUGCAAGUACUAAUUCAGCCCUUUUUUGUACUAUUAAAGUACAUACAUUCUCA